AUGGCUGACGACGAAUUGUAUUAUUUGCAACCAGGAUUCGACCUGAACACCUUGACUAUCCCAAGACUCAGGCAGAUACUGGUGGCGCACGACAUUAAUUAUCCUUCUUCAGCGAAGAAAAGUGAUCUAGUUAGCAUCGUGACCCGAGAUUUACUCCCACAAUCGCGAAAACUCCUUCGCGAACGCGAUAGAGUACGAAGGACCAGUAGAGGCAUCACGGAUGUGCCCAGCAGCCAGGAAGGUAGCACAGUAGACGACUAUGAGGAUGAACGAGAGCAGAUGCCACUACCUGCGCCUAAGACGCCCAGGAGUCGGAAGAGCAAGAGUCAGCUCGUCCAAGAAGAGGUAGAAGCAACGCCCAAAACAUCCCGAAGGUCAAAGACACCCAGCACGCGAAGGAGUACGAAUACGCCUGCCAUAUCUGAAGCAGAGACAACCGAGACUGAGCAGGAAAGAGCACCGAGGUCAGUGAAGAGGACAAGGAAGAGUAUGCCUGCACCAGAUCCUGCCGUGAAAACCCCAGGUGUGCGAUUGCAAGAUGCUACAGACACACGCAGAGCUUUGGAAGCCGAUGAGAGUCCUUUCACUCAGGACAAUCCAUUUCAGUCGGGCUCCAGUCCACCAUCGGAUUCGAGACGUGUACCCUCGAGUUCGCGUACCAGAAGAUCGCUAGGCACCUCUAAAACAAGAAAGAGCACCAGCCGCAGAAGAACCUCACCCACAACCAUCAAACGAGAAUCGAUUGAGUUCCCAGUCUCGCAUCUUAGUACGGGCGUUGACGGGGUCGAGACCACCGAGGAGUUUACAGAGGAUGCAAGGCAGGAGUUGAGUCAAGAGAUGGCUGCCGAUCGCAAACUUGUAAAGGCUCGAACGAAAGAUGUGAAGAAACUGCAAAAACGGCCUCCUUCUACGGCUGCAAAAGCCGCACCUUGGACUGUACUUGUAACAGUGCUGAGUGCGGUUGCGGCCUGGUAUCGCCAGGAGAAGGUUGCUGUAGGGUAUUGUGGCGUCGGCCAACCACAAUGGUCCCUGGCAAACGUCGAGGCUAUUCCUUCAUGGCUCCACGAAAACUUUCAACCAGAAUGCGAACCUUGUCCUCAGCACGCGUCCUGCUAUCAGGACAUGAAAGCGCAGUGUGACCACGACUUUGUACUGAGACAACAUCCUCUGAGCUUCAAUGGUCUGAUACCAUUCCCUCCUACCUGCGAGCCAGAUAGUGAGAAGGAACGAAGAAUUCACUCUGUCGCCGAUAGAGCUACUGAACUACUUCGAGAUCGAAGAGCGACAUAUGAAUGUGGCGGUGAUCUCUCAACAACCACUUCUGGCACAACGUCUGCUAGCAGCGUAACUGUUGUUUCUCCAGCCAAGCUUGAAAUUUCAGAAGAAGCUCUCAAGGAAACACUGUCUAAGCAGAAGCGUAAAGGCAUGUCCAAUGACGAGUUUGAGGAUCUCUGGAACAGCGCCUUGACGGAAAUCAAAGCUCGCAACGAAAUUGAGGUAACCCAUGACAAAUCCGGACGAACUCUCCUCUCAAGCAACAGCUUCGCCAACCUCCCAUUUACAUGCGCCAUCCGACGAUCCGCCAUCAGAGCCCUGGCAGCAAAUCGAAUCCCUAUUUUCCUUUUAAUCACGAUCGUGUCCGGCGCCUUUUAUGCGUACCGACGUCUACUGCAAUUCCAGGCUGCGAAAACCCAGACUCCACAGCUUGUGGAAAUGACACUCGAUCGACUUGCCACUCAAGCUGCGCUACAUGAAGAUGGCAGGGUGUCCGAGGCCUACCUCGCUGUCGGACAAUUACGUGACGACGUGUUACGGAACGUUUUCAGUCGCGCUGAAAGAGAACGUACCUGGGAACGAGUAAGGAAAGUAGUCGAGGCCAACAGCAAUGUCCGAGCCGCAACGAGAGAAGGCAAAACCGGCGAAUGGAGCAGAGUAUGGGAGUGGAUAGGUCCUGUCAACUUCGUGCCUGGUCUCGAAGGCAGGAAGAGUGGAGGUUUGAUUGGAAGUUCUCCUGCUACUGCUUCUAGGGAAGGCACGCCGCCAGUUACUAAUGGAAGAGUUACGGAUCGAGAGUUCAGGAAGUGGGAUGAGGGAAGGGCGAUAUAUUGA